AUUUAGCAUUAAAUUCUACAAAUAAUGCUGAGGAGCCACCUUAUGAACAGCAACUUCAAGUUCAUAUUGAUUUUAUAACGAAUAAAUUACAGCAAGUUCAGUUAAAAGCUCAACAAAAUAUUAAAAUAGCUCAACAAAAACAAAAAAAAAAACAUGACGAACAU